CUAAAAGUUGUUUUGGUAGCGCCCCGAGAGAGAGAGAGCGGCUAGGCGAGAUCUUUCAGUCACUUUUCUGAAGGCCUAAGCCUAGCUUAUGUCUUGAAACAGCAAAAUGAAUUCGACAGUGAAGGCUUGAAUGGGAAUGACCGCAAAUUAUAACUCUUCAUUGAAACAACAUUUUUACGCAGCUGAAGAUGGCAUAUCUGUCAACCAAGGCACUUGACUGGUUCAACUACAAAAACUUCCUGUUCCUCUUUCUACUCUAUUUCGUUCAGGGUAUACCAUACGGCCUCCAAGCGCGCUUCCUCCCGAUAUUUCUCCGCAGUACAGGAACAUCUCUGGCCAGAAUUGGUCUCCUUAAGCUUUUGUUAUUGCCAUGGUUACUGAAGAUAUUGUGGGCACCUUUAUUUGAUUGGAUGCAAUCGAAAAGAAAAUGGCUGCUCAUGAGCAUGGUGGGACUGUUCUGUGUCUGCUGCCUUGGUUCUUGCAUCAAGCUUGAUAAUAUUUCAUAUCUUUGUGCAAUAUUGUUGUUCCUGAAUAUUUUCUCAUCCACUCAGGAUAUUGCUGUGGACGGACUUGCCAUCCAAUUACUUACAGACAAACAAGUUGGCCUGGGCAAUACCAUUCAAGUUGUAGGGUACAAAUUUGGAAGCAUCUUCGGUGGAGGAGUGCUGAUGUGGUUGAGCACAUACCUACCAUUAAGUGGACUGUUCCUGUUCUUAUCAUUUUUGUAUUUAUUUUCAAUAUUUUGUAUAUUUUUAUUUAAUAUGGAUGAAACAAGAACAUCUCUUUCAAGAACUAUGGAACCUAAUGGUUCUCUUUCACCUGUUGACAAUUAUAAACCACAUUAUAAUGGAGAAACACAUUAUAAAAGACUUUCCAAGAGUGACGAACACAACCAAUCAUAUCAAGUGCAUGAUGUUCAAGUGGGUCAUGUGAUAAGCAAACAAAAUCCACUAUUUUGGCUCAAAAAACUUAUCUAUCUCCCAGGUACAUUUUGGAUAAUCAUCUUGGUCAUUGUGUAUAAGCUAGGUGAGCAGGGUUGUGUUGACCAGUUCCCAUUGUACCUGGUGGACAGGGGUGUGCCUGCACCCACUGUUGGGUUUUGGUCUGGGGUUGUCUGUCAAGGCCUAUCAAUCAUCGGCUCUCUUUUAGGUGGAUUGUAUUUGUCAAAAUUUUGGAUAUCACCAUUGUCUCUCCUCAACAUGCUGUUCUACUUUAGACUUAUACCGAUGGUUCUUGAAUUUCUUCAUGUCAUACAUAUCAUAAGCUCAGAUAUCUCAGGAUUUAUUGCUAUGUGCAGUUUACAACUGAUAGGGGGCGCUAUCACUACCACCAUGUUUACCCUAAUGAUGCAGUGCUCACAGAAGGCACCAGUGGAAGUUCAAGGAACACAUUACACCUUACUAGCCACCUUAGAGGUGAUGGGGAAACUGCUGUUUGUUGCUGGUGUUGGUUGGCUGUCGGACAGUCUAGGCUAUUCAUUCAUGUUCUGUAUGUUUAUAAUAAUCUCUGUGUUGGCAGUAACAUUUGUUAGAUUCUUGGAAAAUGGGAACUACUUGAUAAAACAUUGAAAUUUGUACGAGGAAAAUUUUUAAUUAAUGUACUUCUAGUGAGCCAAAAAAUAUAUUUACUGUAUUAGGCGAGACUUUUUUUUUAUACCUUGUUUCGCGAACUUGUUUUU